AUGUACACCCUCGGUUCCCUUACUCGAAAUCUCCCCGGGCGAAGCCCACGGCAACCAGGCGCUUGGUUCCUUGUUUGUCAAUCCAAUGGGGAGCAGCAGACACACAAUUGUGCUCUUCCAGCCGUACCCAAACAGGAGUAGUCGGACGUACAUGGAAUUCGACAGCGUGUAUCAAUCGAUGGAUGGGAUUUGUGGGCUGUUUGAGAAGAGGCUCAAGGACAGCAAUCCCACGGUCCGGAACCUCACGUACGACGUGAGCGAGCUCUACGAGUUCAUCGAUGCUCUGCCCGAUCUCUCGGCACUAAUCUUCGACACCGACCUCCAGGCUUACGUUCCUUACGAUCGAUCGUGGAUUAAGCUGCGCGUCUAUCAGCAUCUCAAGAAGUACGCGUCGCAAGGCCCGCGCAAUGGAUAGAAGGAGAAAAUCGCGUCAUCACUUUGAUGAUGAUCUAGAAGAAGGAAGAAUAGAGCAAGAACUUUGGUGUCUAGGCCAGAAGCUUAAAUAUUCUCUCCUUCCAGGCGAA